GUGUUUCUUCUAGAGGAGGCGCCGGGGCAACAAUGUCUGGUGAUACCACCUCUGUCUUGAAGGCUUGGUGGCAAUCACAUUCCAAGUGGCCAUACCCAAUGACUGGAAGAUUUAGAUAUUACACUAGAGAUCGAGAGAGAACACGAACCAGCUCCGGCGAGAUCGAUUCCGCUUUCAGAACAAUUGAUGACUUCGCUACCGGAACAACCGACUCCAACGCCUGCUGCGAUACAGAACGCUCGUUCUGUCAGUGAUACGAAAAGUUCGAAACAGAGGCUCAAUUUCCGUUCCAACAUCGUAGGCCUUGUAAACAUGAUGCACAAGGUGGAGUGGACAGAUCUGCACCUUGUACACUUAAGGAAGACACCCUUCUGGUUGCUGUUCAAGGCCAUACUGAAGAAUCAACUACCUUACACCGAGUUCAAGAAAAAUGGUGAUAUGGUGGUCAGCAUUAUACAGUCUUAUAGUGUACAGGAGGGGAAAUUCGUUAUUGGUGGUCAGAGUGUUGAUUUCACGGAUGAGGAUGUGAGACUAUUGUUUGGACUGCAAUGUGGAGAUGCAUUGUUGGAGUUGACGGCACGCCCCAAGCCUGCAUCGGAUUUUGUGCAACAGAGGUGCCAGGGUGUCAGUCGCAUUACUAUGAAACUCGUAAAGGAUUUGCUAGUUGAAGCAGCAAAGGGUACAGCACCGAGGGAUUAUGAGGAUACCGCAAAACUACUUUGCUUGUACGCUUGUGUGAAGUUGUUUUUUUCAACUUCUGGAGAGAUUGUGAGCUGGACUUUCAUUCGGUACGUGGACAAUCUGGAUGCAAUGAAGUCAUACGAUUGGGCUGGUGCGAUACGUAAUUCGUUGAUGUCUUCUAUUAGGGAUUUCCACCGGACACCACAUAAAGUGACUGGAUGUGUGAUUGCUUUACUGUAUUGGUUAUGCGAACACACAUCGAUAGUUGAAGCAAAAUUGGCGCACCAGUUCCCGCGGUUCUUGAAGUGGAACAUUGGUGAGUUAUUGGCCAGUGCACGGGGUGUGAAGUUAUCUGAGGCUGUUAGUUUUCAGGUGAGCCCGGAACAACUAGUUGCUGACGAGCAUGAGGUUAAUAUAUUGAAGGGUGAAGAUAUGGUUGGGGGAGAGCACGUCGAUUUGAGGGACAACGGUGUUCACAGUGGUUUAGGCGGUGUUCACCUAAAUGAGUCCACAAUAGAGAUAACCGGGUCUGGCGCCCUUGGAUCGCAACCAAACGCCCCUGGACCAAGCACUCUUGUUUUUACUCCGUUGAGCAUUCCUAUGCUCUAUGUGGAGCAAAUAAUGGCUGCUCAAUCAAAUAUUGAGCCCAACCAUUAUACGUUGAAGUCAUGUGUAGAGACUAUGACUGCGGUCACUAACUUGUCUCACCAGUUUCAGAAUAGGACAAUUGAGGUACAGCAGUUAAAAACUCAACUCUCUCUGUUGCAGUGCAAGUACAAGGAUGCGCGAGCAGAGAUCUGCGCGUUGAAGGCGGAAAACAAGGAGCUGAAACGGAAGGCCACCGUUAUGUUCCAAUUCGGAGGACCGCCAUAUGCUACAUUAGAGGAGCAGCGGGGAGGCAACUUGCUCGGUGGACUUGGAAGCACUGAGGGAGGGCCGUCAAGUGUCGCCCAAGACGAAGGCAAGAGGAAGAGAGCGGCAGCAGAGCCGAGGAAGUGAGGUCAGUAGUUGGCCGUCAGCAGAAAAGAAAACAAAUCUUUGUUGUUGUCGUUGUUCGUUUUUUUUUUUUUGGGUGUUUGUGUGGAAUGAAAUAAAAUAAAGAGUUGACAAAUUAGAGGUGAUUUGAAUCUCUGGGUUGGCAUGUUGAUAUAACAUAUUAUAAUAAAAAAUAAAUAUAUGUGAUGAUGGAAAGUAGUAUGGUACGUAAAAACAUAAAAUAAAAAUUAAAGUUGGUUUUUUUUUAUUUUUUUUAUUUUUUGUCAGAAUAAAGAUGUGGAUGAUGGGUUGAAAAGUAGACAUAAAGGUGGAGAUUUGAAAGAGAUUAAAAGUAGUUUGGAGAAAACAAAUAAAAAUAAUUGAUUUUGAAAUCAAACGUGAUGGAGGAAAGAGAGGGGACAAGCCUAUGUGAUAAAGUGGAGAGAGAGGGUGCUGGGUUUGGAAAGAAGGGCUGUUCAUGGCUUUAUGUACUCUGUAUUUUAAUAUCAAGCUUUGUUUAGUCAAUAAUUAUUCAUGGUGAA